AUGUACUCCUGUGGCCGCCAGAGCGGCUUGCCGCUUCAGCCGCGCUUCCGCACAGUGCGACAUGUGCAGAAGGGGGACAAAGAAUCAUUUGCGCGGCUGGAGAUGGAGAGGGAUGGAACUCACGUUGGCUUCUGGCUUGGGCCCUCGCUGAUUGAUGGAUCCUUCCAAGCCUCCAUGGCCCUGGCUGAUCUGGCGACUGGAAUUGGCACGUUGAAGAUUCCUCUCUCCAUUCGACGGCUCCAGCCCUGCGGCCGGCCGUUUUCCAUCGGUGUGCUGUCAUAUUUUCAGCUCAUCGACUUCACUGACAAGUCUACCGUCUUCCGCUCAUGGCUUCUGAACGAUGCAGGCGAGGCUUUGCUGUACUUCGACCAUGUCCACCUGCAGGAGGUUCGCGAUGAGCAUAUUCAAAAAACGUUGCAAGCUUCGGGACGCCAAGGCAUGGAGCAGCAUCUGCUCUACGACGUCACCUGGCGACCCGCUGAAGCUCAGGCUCCUGCGACAUCGCGGUGGCUACUCCUCGGCAGCCCCUCCGCCCUCCAGCAGCUGAAGGCCAAGGAAGAUCCACGGUGCCGGUGUGCAGAGCUGGCUAUGGAGGGCGAGGACCUGCCUGCACUACUCUCCGAAGAAGCAUGGACUGCCGUGAUACUCGCCGACGGCUUGAUGGCCACGGGUGCCAGCAACAGCGCUUGGGGUGCGUCUCCUGCAGACUCAGCAGCUCCAGGUGGCGAGCACAGCGAUGUCAGUGUUCUGGAGCGCGCGAUGGUCCUUACCAAGGCAGCUGCAAAGCUGGGCAGCAAGGCUCCCUUGGUGGUCUUCCCGACCUACGGAGCCCAGCCACUGGCAGCAGAGCAGAAGCAGCAGCGAGGUGCUCCGGACCACAGUGGUUUGUGGGGUUUCGCACGUGCCGUGCGAAUGGAAUAUCCAGGCACCCUGCGAAUCCAGUGCGUUGACCUGGACGCAUGCAAAGACUCGGAUGCCUGGGCCCAGCUGUGCACAGUCUUGCCGGUCUUGCCGGAAGAAGAGGAGAUGGCGAUCCGAGACGGAGGGAUCAGGACUGCAAAGCUUGCGCGAUCUGCGCUGAAGUACACCGGAGCCGUACGGCUGAACAUGCCAGCACGCGGAUCCACCGCUGGUAUGCGAGUGGUUCCGCAAGCCACUUCUGCACGAGCAGCAGCAGCACCAGGGAUGGCACAGCUGCGCAUCCGCGCGGUUGGUCUGAAUUUCCGCGAUGUCUUGAACGUCAUGGGCCUUUACCCCGGUGAUCCGGGUCCACCUGGUGCCGACUGCGGUGGCACAGUCAUCAGCCUUGGGGACAAAAUCCCGCACUUACGGCUGGCGGAGGAUGUUUUUGGCGAGUCCCCCGGGUGCCUCAGCACUUACAACACAAGCUCCGCAGCCCUGCUCUCCCCCAAGCCACCCUCCUGGACUUACGAGGAGGCGUGCUGUAUGCCGGUGAUCUUCGUAACCGUGGAGGAGGCAUUGGGCGAUGUUGCGAAGCUGAAGCGGGGCGAGCGAGUCCUCAUCCACGCGGCGGCGGUUGGUGUGGGCCUGGUAGCCAUCCAGUAUGCUGCUUUCGUCGGCGCAGAAGUCUUUGCCACUGCUGGAGCGGCAGAAAAACACGAAUUCUUGAGAGGGCUCGGUGUGAAAUACAUCACGAGCAGCAGAAAUGGCCAGAAAUUUGAGGAAGACAUGAAGAAGCUCCUCGAGGAGCAGGGCGUGGACGGAGUCGAUGUGGUGCUCAACAGUCUCAGCCACGAUGACUACAUUUCGCGAUCGUUGGCCUUGCUUCGCAAGGGUGGCCGAUUCCUUGAGAUCGGCAAGCGUGGCAUCUGGUCGCACGAGCAGAUGUUCGAAGCGCGCCCAGAUGUCAUGUAUGAGAAGAUUGCGGCAGACACCAUGAUGGAAAAGGAGCCAUGGCGGUACAAUGCGUACCUGAAGCGGCUAUUGCAACGCGUGGACGACGGAGGGCUGAGUCCCAUCAACAUGCACCUCUUUCAUGGCAUGGAGAAGGGUGUCGUGGCAUUGCAGUUCCUCCAGAGAGCCAGCAACAUCGGAAAAGUCGUCAUUACUUCGCCGAGCCGCUUGCUUUGCAGUCCGAAGCAAAUGCCAGUCCUUUCUGGUGGCCUUGGUGCACUGGGGGUGGUCACAGCACAGUUCCUGGUGGAGGAAGGUUGCAAAGCUUUGUGCCUGCUGUCGCGCAAUGGCCAGCCAGCGAAGGACGUUGGGCCUCAGUGGUCUUGGCUCCAGAAGUGUGCCGUCGACCUCCGCAUCGAGAAAUGUGACGUUGGACGAAAGGAGUCCGUGAUGGCAUUGCGCGACGCGCUGGCAGGAAGCACACUGGGAGGUCUCUUGCACCUUGCUGGCGUUCUGGCAGAUGGGGUCCUCCCAAGUCUCAGCCGCGAGAGCUUGGACAGAUCCUAUGGUCCCAAGGUGCACGGCCUCUUCAACUUGUGCCGUAUUCUGGAUUUUCGCAAAGAGGCGCCUCACUUGCUGUUCUCCUCCACCUCGGCACUGUUUGGAUCACCAGGCCAGGCCAACUAUUCGGCCUCGAAUUCGGUGCUUGACUCCUUGGCGCCCUUCUGGUGUUCACAGUCACAGGAAGGUGGCUCCCUUUGGCGAAAUGCGCGUUCGGUCCAGUGGGGACCCUGGGCCGAGGUCGGCAUGGCGGUGCAGGCAAACACACUGGGACGUGCAAAGUCCAUGGGUGUCGGUGCAUUGACCAACGCCCAGGGCCUCGCCAUCAUCGGCAGCAUCUUCAGCAGCUCCCAUCUCCUGGUCGGCGCCGUGCCGGUGCGAUGGGGCAAGUAUCUGAAGAGUGCUUACUCGCAAGUACCCAGCUUCCUCAAGGGCUUCGAAGCGGAAGCCAAGAAGGAGGCUGCCGAAGCUCGGUCGGCCAUGGAUGCUCCUAAAAACGGGGCGCUGGGGGCGCUAAAAGCACUGAGCGGUGAAGAGCGCCUGACGGCUGUUCGCAGCAGCCUCCGAGAUUUGGCGAGGGAGGUGGUUGAUUCUCUUGACCUAGAAGCUGACAAUGCCCUGAUGGAUGCCGGCAUGGACUCCCUGUCAGGUGUGGAAUUCAGAAAUCGUCUGCAGAGGGAGUUUGACGGUAUCAAUCUCCCGAACUCCAUGGUUUUUGAUUAUCCCACUAUCGCCGAACUUGCAGUCUUUAUCAAUAGCCAGCUUGAUGAUGCACCCGAGUCGCCGACACCACCCCUAUCCACGACCGCAGUCCCACCGCAAGCGCCAGAGCUUUUCCUGGAGCCGCUCAACGCGCUGUGCAAUGGAGGUUCUGAGACACCGGCUAGCAAGCCAGUGUUCCUCAUACCAGGUGCAGGCAUGCAAGCGGGAAGCUUUAGAGCCCUCGCUGCGCGCCUUGCAUUGGCCAGCUACGGCUUCAGCUGGCCGAAGACUAUCCCCAGAGAAGAGUGGCCCAGCAGUCUCAAGGACCUCGCUGAGCUCUUCUUUGCGGAAAUCCAGAAGGUCCAGCCAACUGGUCCCUAUAUUCUGGCUGGGCACUCCUUCGGCGCUAAUGUCUGUUUGCAGAUAGCAGCCGUCGCUUCCUCGAAGGGGCAGCAAGUAUCUAUGGUGCUUCUACUGGAUCCUCGAAGCUUACUUCCACUUCAAGUGGAUGUGCAAGCAGAAUUCGCCAAGUCAGGUUUGGUCGAAAGCCUGGCACUGCUGGCGCAGACUCUCCCGGGGUCUGAAGGAGCACCCUAUGCUGAGCUUUUGAAUGCUCACGCUGGGGAUGGCGACGAGGCCAUCAGGAGAGCUCUCAGUCCGGGGGCGCUAUCUUCCCUGGAGCAUGUACAUGAAACGACGCAGUGGUACAGCGCUCUGCUUCAGCAAGGCGAGGCUCCCGCCGCUCUUCCCGGAACCAAAGUCGCGGUUCUGCGAGCUGCCAUGGCUUGGACAUCCGCGAAGGUGAAUGAGACAGUUGCAGAGAGAAUUGUACGUGAGUUCCAAGCUCUCACCUUCCAAGACGACCAGGCGGUUGCGAGGCAGCUUUCUUCCCUCUCCGAGAUUCCUGAAGUGCACAAGGUGCCGGGCACUCACUUCAGCAUGCUACAGGAGCCGAAUGUUAUGAAAGUCGCGUUCAAGGUCCUUUCAGCCUUGUACAGCGCGGAGGAAGAAGACGAGGGGUAG